CGUCCCCGAGUCUCUCUCUCCAAUGACCAAUCGAGAGACCAUCCAUCACAUUCAUUGUCCAAGCAAAGUCGUGAAGCCCUCGUCAAUCCUUAAUCCUGCGCUCCCCACAAUAAUGCGCUAUCUGUAAGCUGUACGAGUGGCUGCCCGCCCUCAAGAAUGCAGAUUCCGGGCCUUGGUGCGCUUCCCGAAGCGUUGCGAGCAAACUCCGAGCGUAGAAAAGCUUAAAAGGAACCCCUCUUUUCAAAUGACAUGAGCUAUUGAAAGACGCUUCCCCAAGCUCUCUAACCUCUCCCUUCCCCACUCUCCGUUCCAUCCCAUCUUUCUCCUUCUUACAACAUCAUCCAGAGCAAGAACUUGAAGUAUAUCUUCAAGUGGUUUGUUCAUCACCCCUCCGAAGACAUCCCCUCCAAAUCCAUCCCGAAUCCAUCAACCGUGCUCCGUCAUGGCCUCUACCGUCGGCAAGACCAUUACCUGCAAGGCUGCAGUUGCAUGGGAGGCAGGCAAGCCCCUCAGCUACGAAGACAUUGAGGUUGCCCCGCCCAAGGCCCACGAGGUCCGAAUUGAGAUCUUCUACACGGGUGUUUGCCACACUGAUGCCUACACACUCUCCGGAAAGGACCCCGAGGGAGCUUUCCCCAUUGUCCUCGGACACGAGGGUGCUGGUAUCGUAGAGUCUGUUGGUGAGGGUGUCACAUCUGUCAAGCCAGGAGACUACGUAGUUGCGCUCUACACCCCUGAGUGCCGUGAAUGCAAGUUCUGCAAGUCUGGCAAGACCAACCUUUGCGGCAAGAUCAGAGCAACCCAAGGAAGGGGAGUCAUGCCCGAUGGAACCUCGCGGUUCAAGUGCAAGGGCAAGGACCUGCUGCACUUCAUGGGAACUUCCACUUUCUCUCAAUACACUGUUGUAGCUGAUAUCUCCGUCGUUGCUAUCACCAAAGAUGCCCCAAUGGACCGAACAUGUCUGCUGGGAUGUGGUAUUACCACUGGUUACGGUGCCGCCGUUGAGACCGCCAAGGUCGAGCCAGGCUCCACCGUCGCCGUCUUCGGUGCCGGCUGUGUCGGUCUGUCCGUCGUCCAGGGUGCCGUGCAGAGGAAGGCUGGCAAGAUCAUUGUUGUUGACCUGAACAACAACAAGAAGAGCUGGGCGGAGAAAUUCGGUGCCACCGAUUUCGUCAACCCAUCCGAGCUCAAGAACCAGACCAUCCAGGAGAAGCUGAUCGAGAUGACCGACGGAGGAUGCGACUACACCUUUGACUGCACUGGUAACGUUGGUGUUAUGCGCGCGGCUCUGGAGGCUUGCCACAAGGGUUGGGGCCAGAGCAUCGUCAUUGGUGUCGCAGCCGCCGGACAAGAGAUCUCCACACGACCAUUCCAACUCGUUACCGGUCGUGUGUGGAAGGGAUGCGCUUUCGGUGGUAUCAAGGGCCGCACCCAACUCCCUGACCUGGUCGACGACUACAUGAAGGGUAAGCUCAAGGUUGAUGAGUUCAUCACCCACCGCAAGAAGCUCCCCGAGAUCAACUCUGCCUUCGAGACCAUGAAGCAGGGUGACUGCAUCCGCUGCGUUGUGGACAUGAGAAAUCUAUAA